GGGACCCAUUUGGUAAAAUAACCAAUUCCAUGAUUGUUGGUGAUGGCACACUCCGAUCCCAGCACUUAGGAGGCUGAGGCAGGUGCAUCUCUGAAUUUGAGGCCAGCCUGGUCUACAGAGUGAGUUACAUGGCAGCCAGGGCUACUCAAAGAAACCUGUCUUGGGGGAGGAAAAAAAGAAGUGAAUGUUACCAAGACUGACCUCUGGCUUCCACGUUCACACACACCCCCACCUCCCUCACUGGCCUCCACGUUCACACGCACCCCCACCUCCCUCACUGGCCUCCACGUUCACACGCACCCCCAUCCCCCUCCCAACACACACACAGAGGCAGGUUGGGUGUCUAUCCAGCUGUUUGUGACACUGCUCUUUCGUUCCAUCUGCUGUCUUUGUGCCAUCCACCGUGCCCCUUACCUUGUUUGUCCUAUGGGAUUCUGCUGCUCUAGUCUCCUUGUCUGCCUGAUCCCCCCUCGGACGCUGGAGGGUGCUGAAAGGGCUCUGCUUGUCUGUGUCUCUGCAUAUCUAUCUGUCUUUCUGGUCCUCUCCUGACCUGUGUGACUCUCCCCCCCCCAUUUCUCUCCCCUCUUUGUGAGUGUGUGUGUGUUCUGUGGGUCCCUCCUGCACAGCUCUCCUUCUGUCCUCCUUACUUCUGUGUGCAUGUGAACUCUGAGGUUGACAUUGCUUCUCUCCGUGCUUCUUGGGGCCUGUGUGAGUCCUGGGCUUUCUGUGUUUCUGUGCCUAUCUCUCACUUCCCAUUUCUCCUGUGUCUGUUUCUGUUUCUUUUUUAAACCCCCGUCCCAUGUGUAUGCUUUUGUGUACAUGUAUAUCAGAACAACUAGCAGGUAUCAGUCCCCCACCCCACGUGUGUGUAUGUGUGUGUGUGUGUGUGUGUGUGUGUGUCAGAGGACAAUGAGCAGGUAUCCGUCUGCCCUCUCCCACCAUGUAGUUCCUGGUGCUAGAACUCAGGGUGUCAGGCUUGGUGGCAAGUGCAGUUACCCAGUGAGCCAUCUUGCUGGCCUGCCUUUAUGUUUCUUUUUGGUUUUGUUUUUUUAAGACAAGGUCUCACCGUGCAGCAUCCCUGGCUGGCACUCUGUAGAACAGCGCCUCAUACUCUCAGAGAUCUGCCUGUUUCUGCCUCCCAGGUACAGGCAUUUGAAGGCACACACCACCAUGCCCCACUCCUCGCUUUCUAUCUCUGUAUCUUUCUCUGUCUCUGCCCCGCCCACUCUGUCACUAGCCAGUUGAGCAGUCCGGCUGAGGCGGAUGUGCGCGGAUGAUUCAGUAGUGACAGGAAGCCAACCGCCUUGCCUGCUGCCCGCCAGAGUCUGUGGUGUUGGCAUCAGCUUGGGCAGGUGUGCCGGCACAGGAUGGGAUGGCCAUGGUGAGGAACCCCCACUCUCAGCUUUGCAGCCCCCUCCCCAAGCCGACAUGAGUGACAAGUUGGAGCUGCUGUGGCCAUUGUCAGUACCAAUGCUGCUGCUGUUGGGGGCCACAGCCUGGCUGUGUGCCCGCUGCUCCCGCCCAGGGGUGAAGAGAAAUGAGAAAAUCUACGAGCAGAGGAACCAGCAAGAAAAUGAACAGAGCUUUACCCUGGCUCAGACCUACUCCCUGGCCAGACCAGUGUGGCCAGGACCCCUGAGGGACACAGCUUUGGACAAGCCAUCUGAAAGGAAGAACAAGCUGCUGUUCUCUCACCUCGAAGGUCCUGAGUCCCUUAGGUACCAGAACUUCUACAAAGGCAGCAGUCACGAGCCCGAUGAGACCUAUGUAGACCCCAUCUCCACAGACUACUACAACUGGGGAUGUCCGCGGAAGCCCCCAGAAGAGGAUGACUCUAACUCCUACGAGAAUGUGCUCAUUUGCAAGCCCAGCGCCCCGGACUCCGGUGGCGAGGACGCUGAGGAUUACCAGAACUCACUAUCCAUCCGAGAGUGGAGAGAAUCCAGGAGGACUGUGGGUGCACCCGUGUCCCCAUCAGGGAGCCCAGAUGAGGAGCCAGAUUACGUGAACGGGGAUGUGGCUGCUGCCUAGAACAUCUAGGGGAGAAUCAAUCGGAAGGAAGGGCCCGAGGGAAUUGUGAUUUGAAGCAUUCAUUGCCUGCUGAAGCCUGCUUGCCCAGAACGCUCAAGCUUCAGACCUGGCUGUGGCUGCUCCUGGGAGGUGUUCCAGAACCCCCUGACACACAGCCUGGGAGACCCUGGGACUCGCCAGGGCUGCAACCUCCACACAAUGCCCUGGACUUCUCUGGGGGCAAAGCAGGUGCCUGGGGACAUUGGCUGUGCUAACGGGAGGCCCAGGACUGGAGGGAAGCUUUGUCCCCAGUACCAUAUCUAAAACUUGGCACAACAAAAUCACUCACAUUGGUCUCAAGCUUGCAAUCCUCCAGCCUCAGCCCUAGUGCUGGGAUCACAGGGUGUAUCACUACCUUGUAUCUUUUUUCCUUGUUUGAACCUCACAUUGCUUAUGAAUGUUGGUUUCUGGUCAUGUUACCUGUUUCUGUGGUUAACUUCUAUUGUUGGAGCCAUAUUUAAUAGUGUCAAUGUCAGGGGGACUUCCUGUCUUUCAGAGAGCAUUACAUGAACUAACUUUAACAGAUGAAUGGGGUGUAGGGUAACCUUGGGUCUCCUUGUUCUUAGUGGGCUCCAGCCUGCUCAGAUUUAUCGUCCAUUCUUGCAAGGACCUUGUGGGUCAGUGAUAGGGAAAGAAAACUGGUCCUCACCAACCAUCAAUAAACCGUGAGUUCAAGAGCA